AAUUAGUAAGUGGAGUAGCUUCUUUAACAAUCUUUACAGAAUCAGUCAAACCAAUAUAUUCACUUUCCAUAUAUACAAGUUGUAGGGAGACAAAAAGGACGAACAGAAACUGCCCUUCUACUGUUUCAUAGGAACAAACAACCCCUUAUCCCUAUCUAUCAAAUUUCUUGAUUGUCCGCUCAGUGUCUUAAACAUCAAGUAAUCAUUUACUUUCCCUUUUUAUAUAUGUACAUACAUAUAACAAAUCUUAUCCUGAUAGCAAGGCUAUUGUUGCAACUUAGGAUCUUGAUUGUAUUACAUCUGAUUCUUUGACCCUUUUUAGUGUUUGAUUGAUUUGAUUAGAACAGAGGGCUGAUUCUUAAUUCAGAGCGACAAAGAGUUGAAUCUCAGAGUCGUGGCAGUAAUGAGGGCUGAAUCUCAAAGUCGUGGCAGUAAGGGUCCACUUAAGAUCUUGGUUGUAUUACAUUCAAUUCGUUGACCCUUUUACGUGUUUGAUUGAUUUAAUUAGAACAGAGGGCUGAAUCUUUGACCCUUUUUAGUGUUUGAUUGAUUUGAUUAGAGCGACAGGGGGCUGAAUCUCAAAGUCGGGGCAGUAAGGGUACUUUGCUACUUAUAAUAAGGUAAUUAAUCUUGUUUGUAUUUCAUCUGAAUCGUCAGUGUUUUGAUUGAUUUAUUGGAUGAAAUACUGAGGAAAACUAUGGAUAAGGAGAUGGAUGUACGGAAUCAUAAAGUGGAUGUUCCUGAGACUAUAAUCACCAUAAGAUUGGAUGAAAAUAGGGAAACUGAUGAAAAAUCAAGAAUUUGCGACGAAGAAGGAAAUUCGGGUGGAAAGGGAAAUGGGAUUGAAGGGAAUGAGGUGAAAGUGAAGGAUUUGAAGGAGGGUGAGAGGUUUUCGACUGUCAUUGAUGUGAAGUGCGAAGCGGAGAAAUUGGGAGAGGAUUUGGAAGAGGACUGCCAAAGGGUGUGUAGGAUUUGUCAUUUGAGUACUUAUGAAAGUGGGAAAAAUUUACAGAAUUUGGUGGAUUUGAUUGAGCUUGGUUGUGGUUGUAAAGGAGAGCUUGGAUUUGUGCAUUCUCAUUGUGCUGAGGCUUGGUUUAAGCUAAAAGGAAACAGGUAAUUACUCUUUUUCUAGUUUAUUGUCAUUCUUGGAUUGAUAUUGUGGUUGUUUAAAUGAUCAGAGGCAGACGUAGUGCAUAAGUUACAAUUUUGGCUCAGACUUUGUAUGUGUGUUAGAAAAUUCACUAAAUAAGUAUAAUGGUAGAUUUCGAACCCAAUAAAUCGAAUGUGUUGUGGUAGAAUUCCGAAACCGAACCCAUAUUGUUCAAAUCCUAGAUCCAUCUCUGUAACCGAUGAUACCAUCUAAGUUGCUUAUUUUGAUUUUAUUAAUGUCUUUCCUGGUGAAGACAGGUUCCUGUCUGUAGGCUAUUUGACUCCUAUUUCGACAACAGAAAUUUUCUACAUAAAAAUUUUCUUUGGCAAAUUACAGGCGUGCUCUAUCUUAUUAUGAAUUGGUCACCAUUGGGUUCAAAUUAAUCUUGUUAUUUGAGAUCCUCAUCAAUUGUCAUAGUAGAGUGAAUUACAUGCUUUCAGGUUGUCGUUAACUGGGAUGCUGAUAAAUUUUUGGUUUUCCUGUCUUCAAAUGUUCGGACGAAGAAUCUUGAUUCCGAAUGUUUUCUUUCCAUUGCCAUGAUGCAUUAUUGUCUAAUAGAACAGUUAAGUGCCUUUGAUUAGGUAGACUGGUGCAAAUGUAGGCUUAGGAUCUCUUACACCUAUCUUAUGUAAAUUUGCUCAUCGAACGCCAAUUCUGCGUAUCUGUGGUGGUAUUCUGUUUCUUUAUCAACCCUUCCUUCUAUCCUCUGGUCUACUACUAUUAUCACCAAUCAGGAUAUCCAGCCAUUACAUUAACACCUUCAGAUCUAAUUUCUGCAGGAAUUAAGCAUCCCAUUCAUUCUAUUCUACCUAUGAUAUACUUGUGAAUUCAGCCAAAUGUGUCGGUUCUAGUUGAGGAUAGGUAAAAUUAGGUUUGUUCCAUGAAUGAUAGCCAGAAAACACUUCCUAGAAUGAUUCCUUCUACUUAUGUCAGUCAGCACCUGCUAUCCCAUCAUUUGGACUGGCAUAACUUAUUUCCAGUCGGUGUGCUUCUUUGAUUAACCAUACAUGGUUCUAUUACUUACCAUGAAACGACACUUAUCCUUUAUCUCCCUCUUUGUCUUCUCUCUUUCUUUCUUUCUUUCCUUCUUCUUUCUCUCCUCCUCCUCCUCCUC